ACACGAGCUUCACAACUUCGCAGAAUCACCGCUUAGCUGACCAGCAUGCCGACAUCCUGUCUCCCCGCUGCGCAGGCUGCCAUCGGUCCGGUCCUCGAUCUCUUGACUCCCCUACUCGCCAAGGGCGACGUCGACUUGCUGCUCAAGCUGUUACAGACCUUCUCAGCACUGCUGUUGUCAUAUCCGUCAAUACAUGGGCCGCUCCUGGCGCUCACUCUGCGUCACUGCCUCCAGCUGCAGAGCAACAAGGUCCAAGUAGUGAGCUCCACAGCCGCAGCUACGGUCCGCCAAGCCAUCAUGAUUGUCUUCGAAAAGGUCGUUGAAGAAGAUCGCGUACUUGACGGCAUCAAAGAAGGAGGUGAAGAUGCAGCUGUCGCCGCGCCCUUGGCUGCAAUGACGACCGAGGUACCAGGCGAAGAAAAUGUCACGCUUUUCCCCUCAUCGGCAGAUGCAUUCAAAGCCUUCUGCGACCUCAAUGCGCUUGCACAGGACGAGGCGGCUGACUUCCUGGAACUAUCCUCACUCCCUCGUACCUUCACUCUGGAGCUCAUCGAAUCAAUCCUCACCAAUCACACCGCACUGGUCCGCAAUCACCCAGAGCUCCUACAUACAUUGCGCGAGUCGACGUGCCCGCUACUCAUCAAAGCCCUCAGCGAGAAGCCAGCAUUUCCUACUGCGCUACGUUACAUGAGGUUGCUCUUCGUACUACUGCGCCAAUUCAGCGCCGACCUGGUCAUCGAGACCGAGAUUCUCGUCAGCAUCCUGCUGCGCUUUGUAGCGCCUAGCGCGGAUCCGCAGCAAGAGGCCGUCCCCAAGUGGCAGAGGAUCAUCGCGCUCGAAGUCACUCGAUCUCUCUGUUCUGACAGCAUAUUCCUUCGGAACCUCUGGGCCUGGUUCGACGGCAAGGACUCGCCAGCCAAGGUCUUCCUGAAUCUCGUCGAGGUGCUCAAGGCAGUAGCCGAGGAAGGCGGGACCGCUAUUGGAGCGAGUCGCAAUGCGUCUGUGACCAGCCCUAGGCAAAGCAUCGAUCGCAGGACAUCUGGCGCCUUUAGCCUGUACGAAGCCGCCGCAGGAGUUGCCAACGCAAUGCUCAGCGGCAGUCAGGACAGCGCAAUUGGCAACCUCACUCUGUCAUCAACGCCACCGCUGCAGUUCAUCGACCAGCUGGAAAAGGCAGAAGCACCCAACGCCCCAGCGACCUACGCCUACCUUCUAGGUCUGCAGUCCCUCGUCCACGUAGCGCAAUCGCUGGCGCAGCACAUCCUGCCAGCCUACUCGAGCUUCGUCAAUGCCAGGUCAUCAGGCGCCCGGCUGGCACCCCCGAGACUCGACUUCCAGCAAGUCGAGCAAAAGCAGCGUCGUGACCUUCUCAACUGCAAAGCAAUGGUGUCUCAAUCCUCCAAGACGCUUCGCUCCUCCUUGUUCUUCCUCCUCUCUGCCCAACUAGACGACUCCCUCUUUUGCGAGGUGUUGACGGCGGUGCGCAAUUGGACAAAUGUUUGCGGCGUGCUUGGAGAGGACGAGGCUAGGAACUCGUUCAUUGCUGGCAUCUCGUCCAUAGCUCUACCCCAGCAGCUCCCCGACGAUGAUCCCAGUGCACCUGAGAUAGGCCUUUCAGAACGCAACCUGGCAGCUCUGCGAGUCCUGGCGCAUGUCGCCACCUACCUCUCUGGAAUCCUGGACGGGCACUGGCGUCCUGUGCUGGCAGCCCUAUGCGACGCAGAGCUUCUCAUCAAGAGAGCAAAGGGGCGGCGAGAGAACGUACAGGGCAAUAUCUCCCAGGAUGACGAUAAGGCCGCGGGACCCAUGAGCCCCAGAGCCAGCUCGAGUACCGCCGUCUUUCAGCCUGGCUUUUCGGUCGCCUCAACGCCGACAGACUCUAAGACGGGCAGACCGCAGCUCCUCGCCGGGCUCGACUUCGAUAGCCUGUUGCGUGAAGUAGCCAACUGCUUUGAAAACACCACUUCCCUCGACGGUGAUGCCUUUCAAGCCUUCCUCGAGGCUCUCUGCGAUCUCUGCGAUGCUUCGGCACGCCAGGCAGCAACUAAUUCAUCAGCGCCACCGACGAUGGUUCUGUCGACGCCGACGAAGGAUCGCCGGCCCUCUGGAGCAGCGACCUCCGGCCAACUGCAGAGACCACUUCGCGAUAGCGUCCUGUCGGGCUCCAUCUACAUGCUCAAUCUCGACACUGUGCUGCGUCUCAACGUCAAGCGACUCAACGAGAGCAGUGAAGAGCGCGGCUGGAGUCAGGCGACCAAAGUGCUGCUCGAUCUAGCAUGUGACUCCAACGUCCGGCCGGUCCUCCGCACUCAAGCCGCAGAAGCCCUCGCUGCGCUGCUUCUCGCCUCCAUGGGCACAGAGCACGAAAAGGCAGAAGCGGAAGCCUUGCAACGCCGGGUGUUUGCGCCUCUGCGCACGGUGAGCGUCCUCAACAAGGAUGUCUCGCAGCCCGCCGUAGAAGUGCGCAAGGUCGGUGUUGAGACACUGCGCAAGAUCCUUGAGACUCACGGCUAUGCGCUGAGGUUAGGGUGGGACGACAUCUUCGAGACCGCAAUCGCCGCUUGUCAUCGUCCUUCGCACGACGCAAAUGCAGCCAGGAUGACACUUCCCCUCGUCAAGACGGCGUUCGCUGCCACGCAGCUGAUCUGCAACGAUCUUCUGGCAGCACUGAGCCUCGAUCAGCUUCUGCUUGUCAUCGAAGCUCUUCAAGGCUUCGGCUUGGCAGAGGAUAUCAACGUCGCGCUCACGGCCAGCAGUGCUCUGUGGAGCCUCACAGCAGAAAUUGCGGACCGCUCCUCGCCCUCGUCGUCCACAUCGUCCUCUACCACCGCUGCUCCUGACUGUCUCCCGCUCUGGCUUAGGCUCCUUACAGCCUUCCGCCUCAUUGCCGCAGAUGGCCGGGCCGAGGUACGUGAUGCGGCCAUCUCUGGACUCUUCCGCGUGUUGUCCUCGUAUGGGCAGAUGCUCGACUCUACAGCAUGGUCGACAGCGUUGCGUAAGGAGGUCUUCCCUCUUCUGGACGCUACCGCUGCAGCUAGCGUCGCGCCGAAGUCACCGCCUGCACCGACAAUUGGCGCAUCUGAAGCCGACACAGCCUCUUCGCCCUCUCGCACUCGUCGCAAAUCGUCACUGAGUCGACCGAGUCAGGAAGACCCCGCUGCAGAGCAGGCCCAGCAAUGGCAAAAGACGCAGUCCGUGGCAUACGAAGAGCUUGCGCCGGUCGUCAGCGCCUUUCUCUCUUCGCGCCUGAUAGCCGCAGAAGACUUUGUCGAGCUGUGGGACACACUUUUGGCAAAGAUCAAGUCGAGCUUCCUCGCCGGACCAGCCCUCGUCUCGCAGGCAUCCAUCGCUGCUCUCCGUACCAUCUUGUCAUCUCAAGUCGACGCACAGAACGACAAGAUCCGCUAUGCUUGGCGGCAAGCCUGGUUGACCUGGGCGGGCAUGGCCGACAGUCUUGCGUCGGCCCCCACAACUUUCUCGCACCCCAAUCUGCUCGCGUUCGGGGAGACCUUCUCCGAGCUCUACCGCUGCCAGCCGGAGAGCGUAGAAUUGGAGGCAGUACCACGGCUGCACCUCGUUGAGACGUACGCGGGGUCCGGGCAGGGCAUCAAUGACGUUGACAAGUUGACGCCUGUUCAGGCUGCGACGCGCGACAUUUUGUUCGCGCUGAACCACCAGCCUGGCCUACCUGCAGCACUGCUUCGCACGAUUGCUGAGAGGAUCUCCUUGCCCUUCACGCUGCUGCCCUCGGCAUCAGGGGCCCAGCCGCAGCAAGGUUCGAGCUCGCAGCGUACGUACAUUGCCGCCCACAAAGAAGCAGUGCGCGACGCCAUCAACCUUUUUAGCAAGCAUAAGCACGAAGCGGAUACGUAUACCUCAGGCGCCUUCAACGCCGUCCUAGCGGCUCUGGCUGUACCCAUCAAGCUGCGCUACGAUUGUCCACAACCUUAUCGGUAUGCGCCGAAGGACCUGGCCCCUCCUCGCCCUCUCUGGCAGGAGGCCACCCUGGCUUUCGCCUCGAUGUGCCCUGGAGCCUGUGAUUUCCUUGAUGAAGCGAGCGAGCAGGACCUGCCCGACGAAGAUUUGGAAGGUAUUUGGCGUCACCUGCUCGCCGUCUACCAGGCAGCUUUCGACGGCGACUGCUCAGGCCACGAAGAGGACCAGGAGCGAGACGGAGCUUUCGACCUCGUCAUCCUCUGCAUCUUUGAGCGACACGUCUGGCCCGUGUUGGGGAGUAAGCGCACACCUGCAGCCAUCGUGGAGCAGUUCGCCGUCUCCCUCGCUCGUGCGAGUCGGUGCCACGAGGAGAGUGCAGCCCUUGACCGCGACCCACCCCAAUCAUCCAGUAGCGGGCAAGCGGAAGUCUACGAGCUCAACGGUCCAAAACUGCCCUCAGGUACCGUCCUGGCUCCGCAGGCGACGUCGCGGGAGAAUUUGGCCAAAGCCUGCCUGAACAUGCUCUUUCUUAUGUGCUCGAACUCCCUGCUUCCCGGCAUCGAGGACAACGAGGAGCGCAAGCGUAGACGACAUCGUGUCGCGGCCCUGUCGCUGCCCGUCCUCCUUCGACGAGUCAAGGCAAGUCUCAAGAGCUACACAGCAGACGCAGCGUUGCUGGGAAGCGCCCCUUUCCCGCGUCUGAGGGACGAAGAGGCCUACCUCAUCCUUUCGCACCUCCUCGAUCUUCGUCUCCAACCAGAGACACUCUCCGCCGCGAAGUCGGGGGACGCGACACAAUACCUUGAAGCACACUACUCUGGCGAAGAGCAGCAGGGCGAGGCAACGCUGGCCUCAUUGGCGCAUCGCACUCCACUCUCGCACCUCUUCGCCCUGCACGGUACCCUCCUCGACGUAGUUGCCCUCAGCUGCGUCGCUUCAGCGUCCCCAGUGAGCGGGCGCGGUCCGCUGCUCCAUCACAUGCCGCAGGGCUUCGACUAUGGGGACACGAGCCUCCUUGGCGGAGGCGAUCUUUUCGGCGGUGAUCGCCGAGAUCGUGGCCAGCCGAGGAGGAUAGCGGACCUCGCCAGGGAUUGCUUGAACCUGCUGUCUGAGUCGUUUGAGUAAUGGAUGGGCGGUCGGCUGCUCACUGGACUCUAUUGUAUAUUCGCAUCAACAACCUCAGUACCAUCGUAA